ACCCCUGGGGCCGGAGAGGGGCAGAGCCUGUCCCCGGGAGUGAGCGGGGAGCCUCCUUGGGGGCCAGGGCUGCGGGGGGAACCCAGGAGUCCGGCUAGGGAGCGGACCCCUCCCGCCCCAGGGAAAGGCAGGGGCGCUGCGCGCUGCGCCCCGGGGACCAUGCGGGGAGCAUCCGCCGGCGCCCCGCUCAACGCCUCGCUCCUGCCCCCGAACCGCUCGUCCUGCCCCGGGGGGCUGCUGUGCGCCAACGGCUCGGAGCCGCGGAGCCCCCCGCGCCUGGUGGACGCCUGGCUGGUGCCCCUCUUCUUCGCCGCGCUGAUGGUGGCGGGGCUGGCGGGCAACUCCCUGGUCAUCUACGUGAUCACCAAGCACAAGCAGAUGAGGACGGUCACCAACUUCUACAUCGCCAACCUUGCCACCACUGAUAUCAUCUUCCUGGUGUGCUGCGUGCCGUUCACUGCCAUGCUGUAUCCCCUUCCUGGCUGGAUCUUCGGGGAGUUCAUGUGCAAGUUUGUCAAUUACAUCCAACAGGUCUCUGCGCAGGCCACCUGCGUCACCCUGACGGCCAUGAGCGUGGACCGCUGGUACGUGACCGUGUUCCCGCUGCGCUCCCUGCGCCAGCGCACCCCCCGCGUCGCCGUCGCCAUCAGCCUGGGCAUCUGGGUCUGUUCUUUUAUCGUCUCCGCCCCGGUGCUGAUGUACAACAGGUUGACAGAGGGCUACUGGUUCGGGCCGCAGACCUAUUGCAGUGAGUCCUUCCCCUCCGCCUCCCACGAGAAGGCCUUCAUCCUUUACAACUUCCUGGCCGUCUACCUGCUGCCUCUACUGACCAUCUGCGUCUGCUACGUGGCCAUGCUCUACCAGAUGGGACAUCCCACCGUGGAGCCCAUCGAUAACAACUACCAGGUGCAGCAGCUGGCCGAGCGCUCCGAGGCGAUGCGGGCCAAGAUCUCCCGCAUGGUGGCCAUCAUCGUGGUACUCUUCACCAUCUGCUGGGGGCCCGUGCAAUUCCUCAUCCUCGUCCAGGCCUUCAGCCCCAGCUUCCAGCGCAACUACUACAUCUACAAGGUGAAGAUCUGGGCCCACUGCAUGUCCUACACCAACUCCUCCAUCAACCCCAUCGUCUACGCCUUCAUGGGCGUCAACUUCAGGAAAGCCUUCAAGAAGGUCUUUCCCUUCAUCUUCAAGCAAAAGGUGGGCUGCACCAAUGCAGGCAACGCCAACAUCAACACCGAGAUGCACUUUGUGUCCUCGGGCACAUAGGGGGGUGGACAUGCCCCUCCCUGUCCAGAACGUGAGACCAGAUGACCCUCUUUGCUGAUAAGAACAUGAAGCUCGUAGAGCCUUUCAUCCCAAAGUGCUUUACAAACCAUCUCACCCACCAUUGUAAUGCAACCACCUCUGGGGUGGAAGGCAGCAGCUGUUCAUAUAGCCCAGAGCAACACUGCCUGGCAGUUUAGGACAGGAAGUGAAGGAGGACACUCCGAAAGGGGAGGUAGGCAGGCAGUAUGUAAUUACCCCAAGGAGACCGGGGCUAAAUGGCUAAACCACUCCCACUAAAAAUGGCCUGGGACUUUUAACCCCCACAGAAACCGAACCUCUGCUUUUCCUUUGAAAGAUGUACGCCUGGGUGCAUUCUGCGCCAAAAAAUUAACAAUUCUCCGCACAAUAUCUUAAAAUUCUGCAAAACUCUGUAAGUUGUAUUUGUCAAUAAAUAAAUACAGACGCACCAGCAUGGCAGUGGGGCGCACAGGCCUCAGGCUGCACGAAGGUGGGAGAUCACCCUGCGGCCUCCCCACCCCACACCCCUGAGACACAGACUCAGCGGUGAGGCUGCACCUGACCCUGACACAGCA